ACCAUGCUCGAAAAGCGCGACAACAUGGGCUUCGCCAUUCCACCCGCCGCCAUCAUCCUUCUGGUGAUGUUGGGUGCCGCCUUCUUGGUCUGCAUGGGCUUCGCCGUGGCGCGUUUUCUGGUCGACGACAAGGACGACACCUGGACUAGACGGCCGGUAGCUCAAGACGAUUAUAUGCGGGAGGUACGGGCGAGGAAU